GACAUGUAUUCUCUGAAACGUGAUAGGAGGAAAAAGAAAGAACAGAUUCUGAUAGCAAAACUUGAACCAGAAACCAACUUUUCCGAAAAAGAUUUGACGUUCUUAAUUCGAUUUUUUAAAUCUUACGUCGGUGACGCACACUUCAUGGAUGAGUUUCUCUUCACGAAACUACUGUUCGAGACUUUUGGGUACAUGGAGCAUUUUUUCAUGCUUAGAGUGCUCGCAGUUGCGGACAGGAAUAAGGACGGCCAGAUCGACAUUGAGGAAUUCGUUCGACUGAUGUCCAUAAUCCUGCGAGGAACGAGGGAAGAAAAAAUAGAAUGUAAGACUCGCUGA